AUGGCAUUUCUUUCAGCAAAUGAAGCCGACGGCUACCGCAUGAAAGUUAGGGACAAAAUCCUCGGCCACGACGCUCUCUCCUCCCACUCCUCCCACUCCUCCCACCCACGCAAACCCCCAACCAGUAAAUACAGCUCCCGCUCCACCACCUUCUCACACAGCCACGGCAAAAACACCCCUUCCGCCCCCUUAGCCCAAAAACGCGACCCCACAGGCGCCCCAGCAUUCUACAAAAGCAAACACGCACCCCUGCCCCCUCUCAAAACCAGCGCGUUCGACAAACGAGGCCGUGCAGGGCUGGACAGGCAGGCCGUGAAGGACUACCACAACGUCAUCAACAUCAACUACCGAACCGCGCCACCGCCGCCGAAAACCAAGGGUGACACGCUGUAUUUCGCGAAAGCAGCACCAUCAUCGAGUUCGUCUGCUGGGGGUGGGGUGGGAGGGAGAAGUGGCUACAAACACCCCUCGCAUCUGCCCCCCAUGCACAACGAUCGCUACGCGCGCAAGCCCCUCCCUUCCGCCCCACCGCCGCCGUUCCUGCCCCGACACGUCGCGCAGCCGAAAUUGACGCCGUAUCAGCUGGGCCUGCAGGACGCGCUGCCCCCACCGUCGCCGCUCAAGCCGAAGAAACAGAGUAGAGCGCAAAUGGCGGCGUUUAAGCCGUUGGGGGAUAUUGGGGGGUAUAAGCACGGGAGUCAUUGCAGUAGUGGGUAUGGUGGGGCAGGGGGAAGGAGUGGAUGGAGGGGCAGAUGA